CUCUGGCGGAAUAUAUAAUACCCCUUUCCCUCAACACUCUCAGCCCGGUAGGGCAUUGCACCUUUGUGCAAUUCCGACCUCCACAAACCCCCGAACCCUGCAUAAGUACCCCCAUCUCAUCCUCAUCGUCAUCACAAUCACAAUCACUGCCACCACCAUGGCACCAGAAACACCCUCACCACCCCCUCAUCGCUCCCUCCUCAUCCCUGAAAUCCUCGAACGCAUCCUUAUCCAACUAGACAUCCACACCCUCCUCUUUUCCCAACGCGUCUGCACCGCCUGGGCCUCUUUAAUGCAGCAAUCUCCAUCCCUCCAACAAGCCCUCUUCUUUGCCCCAGCCCAAUGGCCCAAAGAAGACAUCAUCUACAACCCCCUCCUGAUCAAACAUUUCCCCCCGUUCUUCCCAGGUACCAUUCACAAUGAGCUCGUCAAACCGCGAGACUGCUACCCGCCUCACUUCCUCCCAAUGCAAUACGUCGGCAAUGAGAACGCGUGGAGCCACCCCGUCAAGGACGACCUCACCCGAGCGGAGGUCUUCUACUCCGAGCUCCCUCUCCAAAAAUAUCCCCUGCGCCGUAAGGCGUACCUGUACCCCGAGGCAUCCUGGCGUCGCAUGCUCACCCAGCAGCCGCCCGCACCCCACAUCCCAGUCCUCCGCGUCUGGUCCUGGCCCCGGGGCAAAACCUUUGAUCGUUACCGCAUCCCAGGCACAUUGAAAGAUGUGAUGGAUCUGGAGAGAUACGUCCAACAGAACCUAAAGGACUCCGAACCACCCGACCCUUCGUCUUCUCCCACUAACAACCUCGAAGACGGCGGAGGCGUCACAAUGGGCCUCCUCUUCGAUUACGUGACCUGCGAUCUGGAUCUAAAGUGGUGGAUGAUCAUGUGGGGAGAUCUGCCCCCCGUGUCGAUGGCACUAGAAUUGGGACCGGAAUAUGUAGAUGCUUAUAAGCGCGCAGCGGAGGAUGGGAGUAUUGUGAUUCUCACAUUUCAGAUCGUGCAGGGGGCCGAAUGGUGGUAUGAUAUUGCUGCGGCGAAUGCGAAGAAUUUGAGGUUUCGUAUUGUCGAUGAGUAUAGGGCUAGGGGGUGGGUCGGGGAGAGACCGCCUACGUUUUCGAAUCGGUUGAGGGCCGUGGAGAACGGGAGAUUUCCGCAUUUUACCACGCAGGCGCCGUUUCUGGCGAGGUAUUUGUUGCCGGGGUGGGGGGCUGCUGUGGGCUAGUUGUGGGUUAAGUGCGUACUAGAUUUGUGUUAUAUUUUGUUUUUGUUGUCUGAUAUCGUGUGAGAAAUAAGAGUUUGGCUAUACACGGUCCUCCAAAGCAUAGAGACCGG